GCUCUCUGCUGACCACACUCACAGCCCCAAAUGUAGCCAUCUUUGUUUUAGAGACAGGGUUUCACACUAUAGCCCAGACUAUCCUAGAUCUCACUGCAUAACCCAACCUGACCUUGUACUCAGGGCAAUGUUUCUGCCUUAGCCUCUAGAAUGUCGAGAUUAUAAGCGUGAGCCUCCAUCUCUGGUUCUAUAUGUAGCCCUCUCAGAUGGCUUUCUUUUGCCUUGUGUAAUGCUUGAAAGAUUCAUGGACCAAUAACUUCCUUGUCUAUUGCUGAGUAGCAUGCCAUUGUAUGGAUAUGCUGCCAUAUACCCUCCACAAAUGGACAUUUGUGUGGUUUCCAGUUUUCAACUGUUAUAAAAAAAAAAAGCAGUGUAAACAUCUAUGGAUCAUUCUCUCUCUCUCUCUCUCUCUCUCUCUCUUCUCUCUCUCUCUCUCUCUCUCUCUCUCUCUCUCUCUCUCCCUCCCCCCCCUGUGUGUAUGUCUCUUUCUCUCUCUCUCUCUCCCUCCCCCCUGUGUGUAUGUCUCUCUCUCUCUCUCUCUCUCUCUCUCUCUCUCCCCUCUGUGUGUGUGUCUGUGUCUGUGUGUCUGUGUAUCUGUGUCUGUGUGUGUGUAUUCAAUUCUCUCUGGUGAAUUUCUAAAAUGAGAUUGCAGGAUCUUAUUAGUAAGGGGAAUUUUAUAUUUAUAAGGAACUACCAAACUUUCCCCCUAACAGUUGUGUCACUUUGCAUUCAGCAACUUACAGAGUUCCUGGUUGUCAGCCUUGUCAGCACUGAGGAUCAUCUGUUUCAUCAUUUGUCACUUUAGUACCAGUGACAGAUAUGUGUGCUUGUCCACCUAUGGUUUUCACCACCAUUUUCUUCCUUGGGCUAAAUGUACAGAAAAUCUUAUUUGAUAAAAUGAAGUACAAAUUCAAGAGGAAAUUCAAGGGUGAGAUUCUAUAUUAAAAAAUGCUGGGGCUGGGGAUUUAGCUCAGUGGUAGAGCGCUUACCUAGGAAGCGCAAGGCCCUGGGUUCGGUCCCCAGCUCCGAAAAAAAAAAGAACCAAAAAAAAAAAAAAAAUGCUGCCAGCGAGAUGCCCAAAGGGUGAAAGGUCUUUGCUGCACAAACCUGAUGGACUGAAUUUCAUCCUCAGAAUCCACAGCAGGAGGAGAGAACUGACCCCCAAAAGGAUAUCUGGGAUGGGAUGGGGGCAGAGAGAGGAGACAGUGAGAGAGGUAGAGAGAGAAAGGAGACAAUAAGAGAGGAGGGAGAGAGAAGGAGAAGGAGAAGGUGGAGAAGAAAGAGAAGGAGGAAGAGGAAGAGGAGGAGGAAGAGGAAGAAGAGGAGGAGGAGGAGGAGGAGGAGGAGGAGGAGCAAAACAGCAGCAGCCUGGGGAUGGAUGGCAUAUGCCUUGAAUAACAACAAAUCUUUGGAAGUUUGAGGCUAGCCUGGUCUACAUAGAGAGUUCCAGGACUACAUAAUAGAGUCCCUGCCUUGAAAAUGAGAGAGAGAGAGAGAGAGAGAGAGAGAGAGAGAGAGAGAGAGAGAGAGGAGUAGAAGAGAGAAGGAAGGGAGAAUGGAGAAGGGGAAAGGUAAAACAAGUCAGUGAGUGGCUAACCAGAGCCAAGAGUAUGUUUUAUUGAUAGAGCACUUGCCUAGCACAUUCACUACCCGGCACCCACCACACCCACCUGCCCCUCACACACAGGAGCAAAACACCCUCAACACAGCCUGAGAUAAGUGUCUUUGUCCCGUUUCCCUACUUCAAGUGCUUGCUCUUUUCUCAGCUCCCUGUGUCAGUCCAGGCAAGAUGUACGAGAGACAGCAGGGGCCUAAGGGUGGGAAUGAAGAAGUUAGAUGAGCUGCUGCCUGGUGGGCGGGGCUUACUUUUAAAGUGUCCUCCGAGUUUCCGAUUCCACCUGGGUCCAUUUUCUCCAAAGCCCCUGGGUGACCCAGCACAGAGGUGAAUGUGAAGCCUGAUAAAAUAAAACACCCACAUUUGAGAACUAGAUUCCAAACGUCUAGUUCCAAAACUGAUGGUGACACAAUGGGGUCAAGUGGAACUGAAAAUAGCAGGUAGCAACAGUUCAAAGGUGGGGUGCACAGCUCUGUGGCCACGCCACACACCAUGGACCUGUGUGUUAGUCUCCACGUGAGCCCUUAAGGCAGACCCAUUGCUGCCUCAGUUUCCUUCCUUUCUUUGUCCCUUUGAUUUUAUUGUCCAUCAGGAUUCUCACGUAGCCCAGGUUAGCCUUCAAGUCACUAUGUAGCUGAGGCUGGGCUUAUGGGCACCUGCCACCAUGCCUGGCCUUAAUUCUCUAUGUGUGUAGAACAAAAAUUCAUGUUGGAACUUAAUUGCCAUGUUGGGGCCACCCUGUCUCUGCUCCCCAGGUGAGUCUGUCACUCCAUCCUCUGUGAGAUUUCGUUGAAGCCUCACAAGCAAGAACUGACCCUUGUGAGUGCUCUGGGUUAUCUAGAGUCAUACAUGAAUAAGUGGUGUUUCCCUACAAUCCCAGCUUAUUAAACAGCCAGCACCCUCCCAGGCUUACUAGGUUUGAUAGCUAGUGACAUAUCAGUUGUUUCUUUCUGUCACCCAGCCCUCACUCACAUCUGACUCAUUUGCAAGACCCACAAAUUGCACAAGCAGGCAGUUUUCGCCAUCUCCAAGCAGCCUAGCUUUACCCCUAACCCUGCUCUGUGGUUUUGUUUCUUCCCAGUGCUGGAGGGAUAGAACACAAAAGGUCCAUGCAUGCUAGACGUGCACCUACCCCCUUCUCUAGCCUGAGCCAAAGGAGUCUUUACCAGCCAGUUUCCCCACUUCCUGUCAGGCUCCUUCCGGUACAUUCCCAACAGUCCUGACUCGAUGAUCUUUACAGAGCAUAAACAAGAGCUCAACCCCUCCCUGCUUUGUGAUUUGCAUCAACUCCAAACUCCUCAAGAGUAUGCUCUGAGGGUUGGGGGUUUAGCUCAGUGGUAGAGCGCUUGCCUAGCAAGUGCAAGGCCCUGGGUUGGGCCCUCAGCCCCGGGGAAAAGAAAAUAUGCUCUGAACCAAAGCUCUGCGACACCUGACCCAACCACCUUGAGUCUGUCUUCAACACACCCAGCUGGCCUGGGGACUUUGCCCAAAGGUCUUUGAUGUAGAGGAUGGCCUUUCCCAACUGGACUCAGACGUCGAAUCCUUCAGGAGACAUUGUGUGGCCCCUCCCUAUCUCCCCUUUGCCUUCCAAUCACAAUUUAAUCUAUUCGCCUGGGUUUGCUUUCUUCUUCUCUCCUGUCUCUAGUUCUUUCUUCCCCUUUCCUCCCCUCCCUCUUCCUCCCCUUCUUCUUUCUCUUCCCCUUCCCCCCUCUUCCCUUCUCUCUAGAUGGCUUACAGAAUGACACCUCUGUGUUUGGUCACCUCUAUGCCCCACGUGCCUUGCACAUAGUAGGUGGUCUAUAAUGUGAUUGACUGACUCGGUACAACGCUACGGUGAGCAGAGCAGUGCUGCUGAGGGCUGCCUGCUGCACCGGAAAGGUUGCCUAUCAACCAGUAUGCCAGUUCAAUCUGACCAGAAGCGAGAACAUGGAGCCUCACCAAGCUGGAAUUGUGGGAGCCGUGUCAUGUCUUGGGCCCUGAAGUAUUCGCCUUUCAUUCUUUCCGUUUGUUUUUGAGACAGUGUGUGCAGCCUGGCCCUGAACUCUAUGCAGAUGGCAGGACUCAAAUUCACAGAGCUCUGCCUCCUGAGUGCUAGAACUAAAGGUGUGUGUCACCAUGUCCAUCCUGGGUGUUUAACUUAUAUCCCCAAUUCCUAACUGGGGUGGGGGAGGAUACAGCAAGGGAGAGUCUUUUCAUUUGUUUCUCUGGGUAGACCUAGCUGUGCUCAAACUCAGAGGUCCUCCUGCCGCUCCCUGCCUCUCGAGUGCUGGACUUAAAGGCAUCUAUCACCAUGGAGUCUCACAGGGAAGGAGCCAAUUGGUAAAUUUGGUUCUCAGUCUGAAUCUGAUAGAGCCCAGCAUCAUUAUCCUUUCUGUUCCUCUCCAGAUACUUGUAGAAGCCAACCGCUUUCCCAGUUAAGUGGCAGAGCACCUCAGGAGGUCUAGGAGCAAGCAAGCCCUUUUGGACUUUGAAAUUCUCCAGAUUUUCCUGUCGGUCACAAAUGUACUUACACUGCACAACACCAUGUGAGUUCUGCUGGCUCAGACCAGUCUCGGAGGGAGUCUGGCUUCUCUUGAGCAAUUUGUACAUCUGUGGCAUUGUGUUGUCAGAUAGCAACUUUAGCCUCCUGGGGAUCUUGCAGCCAUAGGGCAGAGCAUAUUUUGGACAGGCUCUUCUUCCCUUGAGGGUGUAAAUAACCCAUGAUGGGCAUCUGGCAGUACACGACUAUUGUCCUGUUACUGAGAGAGGUUCUCACUGUGCAGCCUAGGCUUCCCCAGAAUGUCUGCGUAGCCCAGGCUGUCCUCAGACUCACAAAUGCCCUGCUUUUAGUUUCCCAGGUGCUGGGAUUAUAAGCAUGAGAUACUGAGCUUGGCUUUGGAACAGAUUCUUUAACCUUGAUAUCAUGACCAAGACUUCUGUGGUAGUCUGAAAUUUCUGUCCAGCCACCUUCGAACCUCUCAGCCAUUUCUUACAAGACUCUGCAGAGCAAGUAACCAUCCUCCUCCUCAUCUUGCUGAACCCCAAAGAAGAUGCAUAAUGUGUCCCCACUCACAAAGCCGACAGAAUGGGAGAGGAGGUUCAGUGGAAGGUCCGUGUGGCUCUGAUGUUGGAGCUCUUUUAUUUUUUUUAUGGCAGACUGAAUAUCUGAGUCCUUAACUCAGGUAGUCUGAUAUCCAUUAGCCAGCUAAUGUUAAUUUAGGAAAACAACCCCAAGAUAAAGAGUUAUAGAGAAGUCACUCUAAUUAGCUGGCCCAGCAGGAAAGGUGAGUGUUAUCUACUGAAGCUCAGAACUAUUUGGCUCCGAGACACUCAAGGGCAGGACUGCAGUGUUCCUGAAGGAAGGAGUUUUGAAAGGUGCUGAGACCAGAAAGAACUUCUCUGGGGUCUGCCAGGGAGGACAAUGUCCUCCCAGAGAAAAGAAAAUACUGGGGUCAGAACCAAGGAAGCUGGCAAGGGUACUUAGAAAGGCCUGAUACUAAGGGCAGCAGGAUGCUGGGGCCAAAGGGAAGAGAAAUAGAUGCUUCGCAUCAGAGACAAGGAAGAAAGGGUUUCCAGCCCCCUCCCAUCUCCCAGAAUGCAUUUCUAGGCACCCCUGACUGAGGUACUCUUAUGUUCUUGGAGCUUUUGUUUUGAGAAGCCACCACCAGCAAUGCCAGGCUCCAGGACUUUUAACUGAGUAGUAAAAAGAGACCUUUAUGUGCAAUUGCUAUGGAAGUCCCUAGGUUCUUAAACACUUAAGAACUGGGCUGGCUGGGAUGGGAAGUUUGGACUGCCAGUGUGAGUCUUGGUUAUUAAUCUGCUCCAAAGUCAGGUGCAGUGCCUCAUGUUUACAGUCCCAGCUUCUGGGAAAUGGAAAGCAGAUUUGUGAAUUUGAGUAUAGCCUGGGCUACACAGACAUUCUGGGGCAGCCAGAGCUACAUAGUGAAACCCUGUCUCAAUAAGAACAAUAGCUUUUUAUUGCCAAACACACAUCACGGGUUCCCUUAGACCUCCCCUUUCCUUCUCUCUAAAUCAGACACUCUGUCGCCAUACCACCGUUCCUUCCUCUCAAUCGCGUCAUUUGUCACAGCUUUCAAUUAUUCACUUGAUAAUUCUCAUGCUCAUUGUCCAGGGUGCAGGCCUUGUUUUUUAUAAUUCACUAUCACGUGUUAAGAUAAGAGCCUGGAACAGGUGUUGGCCAUCGUGGCUCACACCUUUAAUCCCAGCACUCAGGGAGACAGGCAGGUGAAUCCCUUUGAGUUUGAAGCCAACCCGAUCUCCAUAGAGAGAUCCAGGCCAGCCAGAGUUACAUAAAGAAGACCCUGGCUAAAAACAAAGCAUGAAUUUGAUCUGUUAGACUUAUUGAACGAAUGUUUGAGUGGUUAGUCCUUUCCUGAUUGAACAAGUGUUGGAGUGCUGUUCCCUCCUGGGCGGUCUCUGUGGCAUGCAAAUAAAUUCCAGUGUAUAAUCCCCAUUUGCUUGCAGGUGAAUCUAGGCUAGAGUCAACACGAAGGACAAGUGCAGAAAGGAAAUAUGGCCCAUUCUCUAUGAGGUGUCAAGGGGUUACCUUUUUGCCUAUGAAGCAGAGAAGGGAAUUCUAAGUUGUCCCUUUUAGACAGCGUCUGUAUACAUCCCUUACUGGCCUGGAACUUGGCUCUACACUUCAGGAUGACUUCCUACUCAAAGAGCUCAGCCUGCCUCUGCCUUGUAAGUGCUAGGUUUUAAAUUGUGGACCACCGUACCCAGCCUGGGCUGCUAUUAUGGAUAGGAGCCCCAGUCAAGCUGGAACCAGUCUCUCCUCUCCUGCCCUUGCCCUAGUCGGUGCCAGACUAGAGUCUGCACGUUGGGGUUUGGGGUAGGUCAUGCUGGGGCUUGCCCCACUUUGCUCUGCCAAGACCUCUGGCCGGCAAGCAUAAGCCAGCUUUUGGCAAGCAAGAAGGAAGUGAGCCGGGCAGGAGCAAGCACAGUCUCACAGCCCCCUCCCGGACAGGUGAAGGAGUUUGGUGAAAAGAGCCAACUGGUACAGCAUGAAAGAGACCAUUAUUAUCCUCGAAUACUUGGGUUUGGGGGUGGAGGAGUGGGUCUCUUAGCAGGUUGAAAGUAUCAUCCUGAUAUUUUGUUACUCCUUUGGCCUUCCUGAUAGGAGUGUUUCCCUGAGGCCUGGUUGACCUGGUUCUUCAAAGGGAAAACAUUGAAAAUAGAAGAUCAUUCUGUGUUGGAAUCAGUGGAAGCCCUUAGCUUACCUGUUCCUAUGAGCAUAUGUGUAUGCAUGUACAGUGUGUCUGUGUGUUCUUUUUUUUUUUAUUGGAGCUGAGGACCGAACCCAGGGCCUUGAGCUUGCUAGGCAAGCGCUCUACCACUGAGCUAAAUCCCCAACC